AUGCCUGAAUCAAUUCCUUCUUCUAGUGCGAUUGAUUCUUCCAAUCCUUUGUUCUUACAUCCUUCUGAUCAUCCUGGGAUGCUUCUUGUUUCCAAACCGUUUGAUGGCUCGGGAUUUGGUGCGUGGAAACGUGCCAUGACGAUUGCCCUAUCUGCGAAGAACAAAUUGGUGUUUGUCAAUGGUGAAUUUUCUUCUCCUACUGAUUCUUCUCAACUUUCUCUCUGGAAUCGGUGCAAUGACAUGGUGAUUUCUUGGAUCUUAAACACAUUAUCUCGAGAAAUCAGUGGAAGUGUUCUUUAUGUUGCGUCUGCUCGACAAUUAUGGCUUGAACUCAACGAUCGAUAUGGUCAAGAAAACGGUGCCAAGUAUUAUCACUUGCAAAAGAGUUUAACUGAUCUUGUUCAAGGUAAUUCUGAUAUUGCUUCUUAUUUUACGAGACUCAAGACUAUUUGGGAUGAAUUAAUGUCAAUUAACACCAUUCCAAUAUGCACCUGUGGUACUGCUAAUCUUCUGGCUAAGAGAGAUGAAGAUCAGCGUCUUAUGCAGUUCUUGAUGGGUUUAAACCCCUGUUAUGAUACGGUCAGAGGUAAUAUUCUUAUGAUGAAACCGUUACUUACUAUCAAUCAAGAUUAUGCUCUUGUUGUUCAAGAUGAGAAACAAAGGGAGAUUCAUUCUUUAUCUCCUUUUCCUCUGAAUCUGCAUCUAUGA